UUGUUUUUAUAUAUUGUUUGUUUUUCCUGCCGCAAUAUUUUCGCUGUAUUAUAUAUUUUUUGAAUCACCUCCUAGUAUUUUAGCAAAUUUUCCAGCCAAUAUGGAACAGUCUUCUCAAAUUAAAUAUGAAGAGGAAUUCUUCCUUACCAGAGGAUUGAAGCUUUUUACAUGCAGAUGGGUGCCCUUAAAUCAGCAACCCAAAGCUCUGAUAUGUCUCUGCCAUGGUUAUGGGAUGGAGUGUAGCAUCUUCAUGCAAGGUGUUGGAAUCAGGCUUGCCAAAGCUGGAUAUGCAGUUUUUGGAAUUGAUUAUGAAGGACAUGGGAAAUCUGGAGGAAAACGGUGUUACAUUGAGAGUUUCAAAGAGCUUGUCAAUGAUUGUGCAUCUUUCUUCAAAAGCAUUGCAGGAAUUGAGGAAUACAAGGAUAAAGCCAGAUUUCUUUAUGGCGAAUCCAUGGGAGGUGCAGUAUCACUUUUGCUUCACAGGAAACUCCCCACCUUUUGGAACGGUGCAGUUCUGGUGGCCCCCAUGUGUAAGAUUGCAGAAGACGUCAAACCUCAUCCCAUUUUGAUCAGUGUUUUCAAUAGCCUCACUAGAAUAGUCCCCACAUGGAAAAUAGUUCCAGCAAGGGACAUUAUUGAUACUGCAUUCAAGGAGCCCUCAGCUAGACAAGAGAUAAGAGCAAAUCCCUAUAUAUAUCAAGGCAAGCCACGGGUGAAGACUGCUUAUGAACUCCUCUUGACAAGUACAGCUUUAGAGAGUCGACUGGAUGAGGUGACAUUGCCAUUCUUGGUAGUGCAUGGAAUGGAUGAUAGCGUAACAGAUCCUUGUGUGAGUAUGGAAUUGCAUAAAUCUGCAGCAAGCUUUGAUAAGACUUUGAAGCUAUAUCCUGAUAUGUGGCAUGGUUUGACUUAUGGGGAGCCUCCUCAUAAUACCCAAUUAGUAUUCAAUGACAUUAUUGGAUGGCUGGAUGAAAGAAGCAAAGCGGGAUGUCUCACAAGUGUAUAAUGUCUUUUUCUAAACUAUUUUUCUGUCCAGUACAAAACUAGAUCUAUGUAUACAAUUGUAAUGAUCAAUUGAAAUUUCAUGUUAUGAUCAGAUAAAGUGGGAGAGAGAUUGAAUCUAUUUAUAAAAGUCUUUAAGACAGAAGAGAGGGGUUUCACAAAAAAGGCUGAGACUACCCAAAAAAAAACCAAAAGAGAAACUAAAGAGAUUGAAAUUUCAUAUUAAGAUUGCAUUAAAGAAUUGGUUCCAUCCUUAAAGGAAGAGGGUAAGCUGAGGCCUCAACGAAUUUUCUGUUAGGCUGAGAGUGGGCUGCUGGUAGUUUCUGCUUAUUCUUUUUGCAGCGUUCUUCUGUUGGUUUCAGAUUCAUG